AUGGAAAGAACAAUAGAUGAAGGAGAGCCAUGCACGACUGACCACAUACACAGUGUUUCAAAACUCAUAGAAGCAUCGCGAGAGUACAAGAUGCUAUGUCUCUCCUUUGUCGACUUAAAGGAUGCGUUUGACUCAGUUGAAGCGAAAGCGGUCAUGGAGGCUUCGGACAACCAGGGUGUCCCUACUCAGUGCAUAAAGGUCUUUCGUGAGCUACAUAGCAACUUGACGACCAAAAUUUCGGACGUGAUACGGUGGAAACAAGAUCUUCUGUAG